UAGUUUUGACACUAAGUUUGUCAAAAGUUUGGAGUUUUGGAAGAUGGUGUUCUUGCUCACACACUACAGGAAGAAGAAUUUCAAGGGCAUUAUUCAGGUAAUAUUGAUAGGAGACGGACUGUACGCAAAGACAUCAAGACUGCAAAGCAGUUAGCAUCAGAGGCUGCCAUAGAAACCUAUGCUGAAGAACAUGAAUAUGUCCAACGGUUAAAGUCUAUUGAAGAGCAAGACAAAGAAACAGCCAGAGAGAUGUACAGAGAAAUGUUAGAGGAAGAGAAACGAAAACUCAACAACAUGAAGGCUGUACAUGAAACAGACCAGGAGAUUGCGAAACGAUUACAAAAAGAUGAAGUGAAAGAGAUUGAAAGGGAAAAAAUGGACAGAGAAAGUGAAAGAUUAGCCCGACAACUUUCUCAACAAGAGGAAGUUGGUGCAGUAGGAGGUGUUCCAAUGAAGAGGCAAGAACCCUUAGUGAAAGUUUUAACAGAUGAGGAAUUAGCAAAACGAAUGCAAGCAGCAGAAAUAAAGAAAAUGCGAGAAAUGCACCAGCGAAGAGAAGCUGAAUCUCAGAAAUUGGCAAGACAAGUAGCAGAUAAUGAGCAAUACAAGUCAUCUGAUGCAUCUGAGAUUUCCAAUGGUGAUUCACGGAGAACAGUUACAGGUUUUCCUAAUGGAGCUGGUGUUACUGAUUGUGAUAGUGAUGAAGACACAGAUCACAUAGCUCAAGCCACAAAAGAUGAGAUUUUAGCCCGUAAGCUACAGAUGCAAGAGAACCAGCAACAAGGACAGAAGACAGAGGAGAAAUUAAAGUUAAUGAAGCAUGAUGAGAUAAUAGCAAGAAAGAUGCAACAUGAGGAAGCAAUGAUUGCUAAAAGGAAAGUGUACAAGAGAUACCAAGAAAAGGUUGACAAUGAAGUUGCAUAUUUAGAGCCCAUGGUUCAUAUUGGCCUAGAGAGGAAGGUCUCCAUUCCUCUUGGUCUCCAAAAAGGCAAUGGUAUUAAACUCACAGACAUUAAAGCUAUAGAUGAGCAACAAGUAGAUAUCACAAAUGCAUCUAGCAAAUUAGGUUCACCUCAAUCUGGAGUUCAACAGGGACAAUCAUCAUCGAUGGGUCCUCCUCUGCCGCCUCCUAAUGCCAAUGUCUUUACAGUCAUUGAUCCUACUUAUAGACCAGCACCAAACAGUAAUGUCCGUCUUAUCAAGCAGACAUCUCUCAGUGAUGAUGUUCCUAAAGACAAGCCAAAGGCUAAGGCACCAUCAAGGACCCAAUCAAAGAAAGAUAAAUCAAAAGAAAAGGAAAAAGCAAGAGAAAAAGGAAAGGAAGAAUCAAAGGAAAAAAAUGAAGACAGAUCAGUGAAGAAGAAACGCUCCAGUUUCUUUGGAAAGAAAAAAUGAUGACAAUGUUUUUAAUUUUUAUUACACAAUUUUUUUUUAAGGAAAUAAAAAGUGAUUCAUUUUUUCUGUUUUUCUUGGUUUAUCUAAAACUCUACAGUUGGAAUAUUUGUUGCAAUUUCUUUUUGACAAUUCUUUUAUAUUUUAUAUUCUAUUCAAAAUUUCUUAUUAUAUAUUCUAUUUGACAAUUCCUUAUUUUUUUAUUCUAUUUUAUAUUCUGUUCGGCAAUGCCUUAAAUGUUGUUAACUGCCUCAUAUAUUUAUGAUGCUUCAUAUUUGGGAGCCAAGUUGUUAUUAUUAUUAUUAUUAUUAUUAUGACAACUUUAUUUUUACACGGAAGGCUUGUCUCACCCGGUGGGUGUUAUUCUACAAGGCUGUGUUGUCUUUGAGAUUGGAAAAUAAAAGUAAUCACAAUAAUUAAAGACAAAAUUGUAUACAAAUAUGAGAUACAAAAAAUUGAAGCAUAAACCACUCAUUUUACAAAAGUGUUUUAAAUGUUGUAACAUUUGAUGAAUUUCUAACACAUUCAUCCAGUGUGUUCCAAAGAAUAGCACCACGGUAAAAUCAGUGGCGGACCGUAGGGUAAAUGGCAGGGUAUGCUAGGUGUUGGCAUGAUGUACAAGGGGCUGUACGUCCUCCCCCUACCCCUGAAAAAAAAUAUUUGCCCAUCCCCACAAAUCAUGCUCAAGUAAUUAAGAAUCACCUCGUAUCACCUUAUUUUGCGAGUUAUCCCCUCAUAAUCACUGAUCCCCCACUUUACCUUCCUAACACCAUCAGCUCCUUUCCAUUUCAAGACCCGCCACUGAUGUUAGGGCCUGCUAGUGAUUGGAAAAGUUUGUAAGCCUACUACUAUACAGAAAGAGAUUGCGUUCUAUAGUCAAAAUACAUUAGGCACUUUACGCAACAAGACGGUGGACGGUGGUUUUAUGCUCAUCAGAGUGCUUAAUCGGAACUGCCUGUCUCGAUGGUUCUCCGUCCUCUUGCGUAAAGUGCCUAAUGUUAUUUUUAAUACCGGCAUGGUUGUCUUUUCUUCAAAAGAAUUCUUAUUCCUGUAUUUUAACAAAUUUAAAUUUAAAUAAUAAUCCAAAGUUUCUUCUAUACCGGUCAUAUGUACAGUAUGUAAAUAUAUUUAUUCUUUAAUCGAUUCAGAUUAGCCUUAUAGAUAGAAUACCCGACCAGCAGUGGAGGUCUCGAUUUGUGAGAAGAGCAUGCGCACAUACUCUUGGAAGCACUGCUUCCAUUCCAGUGUUAAAUUGGCUAAUCUGACGCCACCACACGGUUGUCACAAUAGCAAAUUUAAGCGCGGUAGGGUAUACUCUGACUUCUAUUGACUCACUGAUUAAGUAAUUGGCUGAUAUCGAAGACCAGCCAUGCGGAAAUUCUAAGUAUGAUGCGAUAGGUCUGACAGUGACUUAUCCUAAUUACCCAGAAAGUAUGCCAAACAUGGAAAAACUUAGCUAUUCCAAUGAAUAGCAUUCCACCCAAAAAAAUUAGCGUAUAUAUAGAAGAUCCUGACUGAGAAAUGCUAAAUAAAACGGAAAAACUGUACUAGUAUAUUUUUUAAUUUGUUUUAGCCAGGGUAUGCACUGCAUACCUUGCUUGCCUUGACGGUCCACCACUGGGUAAGAUAAACUUUUCUUUUUGUAUUCAGUGUGAGGACGAUCAACUUUUAAGACAUAUAAUCUGGUUAAAUAAUUUUGUUUCUUAAAUGUAAUGCGUUUGGUCAAAUAAGAUGGGGCCAUGUUAUAAAAAAUCUUAUACAUGGUUUUUGCUUCAUUUUUAUACAAUUUGCUUUCUAAAUUUUCCUAAUUUAAGGUCUGCAAGGCUUGUGUACUUGAAUCAUCUUUUUUUCUUUUUUUUUUCAGAAUUAUUUUUGCCACUCUAUUGUGUAAGACUUUUAAAAAUUUGAGUAGAUCUACCCCACACUAGAUUACAGUAUUCAAAGUGAGGAGCAAUAAUGAUUGUGUACAUUAGAGAUUGUUGAUCAUUUGUUAGAAAUUUUUUUUUCAAAUAGUGCAAACCCGGCAGAACUUGAGUUUUUACAUUAUCAGUUUGCUUAUUCCAUCACAAAUUUUCAUCGCGAGGUGUUUGCAAUAACUAACUAAACAAUUUUUUCUAUAUACAAAUUAAAAUUAUUUUUAGAUAGUUUAGAAAGUUUCUGCUUUGUACCAAUAAUAAUACAUUCAUUGUUUUGUACAUUUAAUGUAAGUUUGUUGUUAAUGUGUUCAAGGUCAACAUUUAAGUUAUGUGUGUACAACAUCAUCAAUAUUAGGAGGUGAAUAAUAAAGUAUUGUAUCAUCUGCAUACAUGCUAAUUUUUACAUUACAAACACUUUUUGGCAAAUCAUUGACAUAUAACACAAAUAGCAGUCUCCCUAGAAUAGAACAUUUUGAAUAAAAAAAGAAACAAAGCGUAUGCAAUGUAACUCCUCAUUCUUGAAAGGUAAAUUCUACAUUUUGGAAAAUUUGCAUGAAAUCUGUCAACCACACUGUCAUGGUCGAGGUUGCUUCACCAAUCACGAUGUAUUUUAAGAAUCAUGAGGCUAUCCAAAUGGGCAUUUGUCAUAACAGAACGCAAAUUAUUUUUAAUUAGUCUCAUUAAACUAUUAUUAUUAUUAUUAUUAUUAUUAUUAAUAUUAUUAUUAUUAUUAUUAUUCUUCCAAUAUUGUACAGACCACCAGCAAUGGUGUAUUACGUACAUUGAUUACGUACAUUGUUUGUUAUUAUUAUUAAUAAUUAUAACACAAAUAGUUUAAUGAAAAAAUUGUCGUGGCUAAACAAACAUUACAUGUAAAUAUUUUUUUUAUUUGUUUAUUCCCCGAAAAAAUGUACUCGUCUUCCCCGACGGGGUGGCUAUGCUUCCCCUGCCCCCCUCUGGUGCCACCAGUGCCCACCAGGUACCCAUUUAUACUCCUGGGUGAAGAGAGCAAUGCAGAUAGGACACAAGUAAAAUGAACAGCAAGGGAUUGAAACCUCAACCUCGAGGUUGGGAAACCAAACCGUUCACGCUGUGCCAAACCGCUUCAUUUAGCUAAUUGUGUAACAUUUACAUGCGUGGUAUGGGAAUGAUCACUUUAAACCAUAUUAUGUUGUUAUCCAGCUUAAAGAUUUUAUGUUUUUCAUUGAGAAUCUUAUGGUCAACUGUAUCAAAUGUGUUUUUAAGGUCUAGUGUAACUAGACUUGUAAAAUUACCAUUGUCUAUAGCAUUUAUCCAGUCUUCAGUAAUGUUUAAUAAUGAAGAUAUAGAUCAUAUUGUUUUUUUAAAUGAAUUGGUAUACCUGAUCAAACACUACCCUUUCUAAUAUUUUUGAUAAAGUGAGUAAUAUUGAAAUUGGCUUAUAGUUACUAGGUUGAGAUCUAUCACCACUCUUGAAGAUGGGGCAAACUUUUGCAUUUUUCCACUUGUAUGAGAAUUGACCUGAAGAUAAAUUCACAAUGUAUGUAAGUGGAACAACAAUUAAAUUUAUUGCAGCUUUGGCUAAUUUAGAAGGUAAUUUAACAUUUCCAGUUGCCUUUUUUAGGAGUUUGAGAUUCUUAUUUACAGACCAUGUUCCCGGCUUUAUAGAAUAUGUUGACUUGGACAAAUAUGCAAGAGUAACUGUCGUACAAUAGACUUUAUUAACAAAAUAUUUUAAUCUUUUUAAAAUUUAUUAUGUGGUGAAAUUUAUUUAAGUUUCAAAAUAGCUUGAGAAUAUUGUUGACCCAAGAACUUGAUUCCAUAUACAGUUAGACUUGCUGAACUAAAAUAAUGCCAAAUUGUUGUAUUUUCCAUUAAUUAACAAUUUGUAAGUCAAAUUUUCAAUUCAAGUGACCUUUUGAUGUACAUUCUAGUGUUUUAAUAUACUGUAUUUAUAUAUUAUAAACUAUUCAUUGGUAUGAUUUUGAUAUGAUAGUACUUUGACCAGUUAUUAUUCUUUAAUAUUUGUUGGUGGCAGUACACUCAGUGGUCACAAUACAGGUCAUGCAAUGUAAUGAGACUGGAAUUGCUUAAAAUAUUUAUGCAAAUAAAAAAUCUACUGUUCAGUUGUCAUCAUAGUUAAAAUUUUCUUAAAUUUUAAAAAAGAGACUUAAGCAAAUGUAACAAUAUAUUAGCUGAGUGUGACGUAGAGGGGUAUGUGGUUACUUCAAAAGACAUUGGGUUUUUAUUGAUGUCAAUAAAAGUGUACACAUUUAAAAAAAUUCUAUUUCAUAUUAUGUAAAUUUAUUAUUGAUUUAAUGUGUGACCACAUUUUAGGCAUGCAUUCCUUUAUAUUUUUAUACCCAAGUUAUAAAUAUUAUAUACAGUAAGCAGAAUUCUUUGUUUUAUUAAAUAUUUCUGUAGAUAUAUUUUGACAGCUUUGAAAACAAAUAGUACUGUAAUUGUAUUUAUGGAAAUUGUAAAAUAUUAUUUUUAUUAUAUGGGCACACUAACACCUCUCUACAGUAUUUUGAUAAUACAGUUGAACCUUCUUUUAGUGCCCACUUUCCCAAAAUACCGUUUUUCCCCAUUCAACCACAGUCAUUUGUAGUGGCAGACCGUAGGGUAAAUUGCAGGCUAUGAUAGGGCUCCAUUGAUGAAAAAAAUUUUUAUGUAUUUACAAUCAAAGACUAUUCUAUCUAGUCAAAAUACAAAUAUAUUUGUUUUUUUACAAGGAUGUUUGUAUUUCCUUUUCAAGAGACCUAUUAAAAGCCUAUACAUAAGUAA